AGAUUGGAGCCCCCUCUUCUCUUCCCUGCGUAUAAGCGUGAUGCCUUUAUAUGCAGUACACAUCCAACUGUCACUUGUCUUUUGUUAUUGUCUGCAAAUAACGCACGCCCAGGCUUCCGAAGCAUAAAGCCAGCUGAAGAAUCUCGUGAAAAGACUUAAAGGCUUGAAAAUGCCGAUCCCUAGAAGCAAACCUGCUGAAGAUGAGAUAAGUGUAGAUGAUGUCAAGAAAGAAGCAAAGGGCAUCAUCGACAAAAUCGUGAAAGAUGUCGGUAAAGCACCGGCUACUCAUCAAAUUGCGAUUGGCACUGCAUCUGGAUGGUGCACAGGUUACAUUGCAAUGAAAGUUGGCAAAGUUGCUGCUGUAGCUGCUGGGGGUGGUAUUCUUCUUCUUCAACUAGCUGCUCAUAAAGGCUACAUCAACAUCAACUGGGACAAAGUUUGUCGUCAAGUGGAUAAGGCUUCAGACAAGAUUGAAAAAGAAGCCACUGGAAAGGGACCAGGUUUCAUGGACAAGAUGGAAAGAUUUGUGGACCGAAAGCUGGAUAAGGCAGAAGAAUCCCUACGCAGUAACAAGCGGAAAGCUCGCCGUUGGUGGAAUGCUAUGACCAAGGAAGAUGGCUCAUUUGAAUUAACUUCUACUCAUAUUUUCCAUGCUGGUUUCUUUGUUGGCCUUGCUCUUUCUCUCGUUGUCCACCGUUAGUUGUCUUUCUUCCAUUCAUAUCGAGCAAGACUUUUUUUUUCUCUUGUUUCCCUUGUGUGGUGAUAAGGUUUGCAGCCUCAGUAUUUUCCCUUUAAAAAUAUCUUUUUAAUUGUAAUGUAUUUAUGUGAGAGUUGUUUGCAUUUGUUUCUUAGAGCACAGUCUUGAGGCUCUUUUAUAUGGCAUACCUAUGGCUACAGAAGCCUUUGACUACCUUUUUCUUAAUCUAUCCUUCUACCUUAAUAUAUUUAGUUAUACCUCAUGUGAUAAGUUACUUCUCUUUGGGAAGGUAUUGUUUUCCCAGUUGUGUGGCAAUGUGUAGCUUACAUGACACUGUUAGCAUAUAAUUUGAAUCCUUCCCUUCUAUUCUUUAUGCUUUGUUUAUGCAUUGAAUAGUUGUCACAUUCUUGGUUGAUGAUUACAGUUACUUUUCAUAUGUUACAAUAGUUUUCCAUUAGUGCUGUGUAAUAUUAAUUUUUUGCUCUAUACUAUGUUGUCUUAUUUGUAUUCAGCAAUAUUUAAUUAGCACUGUAAAAGAAGGACCAACUUAUAUUAGUUAUGAUUUUGCUUUGCUUUUAAUUUUAACAUAAAAAUCAUUUGCUGUAAAUUACCUAGUCGAACAAUCUUAUGUUUAUGUGUUAGAUUAAAAUGCAUUAAAAGCCAAUCUACUUCA